AUGAAUUUGUGUUUUGCUACUUUCCUCCUAUUAUUUUGCACUGGAUGCUAUGAUGCAGGCCGUGUUAGAAGAGCUCCAUGUGAUUCAACAUACGGAGACUGGGCUGAAUGGAGCACUUGUGAUAAGGAUUGUGGAUUUUGUGGGACUCAAACUCGCACCAGAACUUGCACAUCAGUCAGUGGUUGUACAGAAGUCACUUGCACAGGAGACGCGUCUGAAUCUCAAGCAUGCAGCACUACAGAUGAUAUUUGUUUGGCACCAAGCCCAUCCUGCUGCCCGCACACUUACAAAAAGAAGGCGGACAUUUCGGAAAAACGAUUUUAUUGCGGACUUGAGUAA